AUGAUAAUAGCGCCCUACGACCUAUUGAAGUUCGAGAUCAUCACGGACCAUAAGAACCUCGAGUACUUCACAACAACCAAGGUUCUAAAUCAGCGCCAGGUUCGCUGGUCCGAGUUCCUCUCUCAGUAUAACUUCCGCAUUGUCUACCGCCCAGGGUCUAAAGCUAUUCGGCCAGAUGCCCUUAGCCGCCGAUCCCAGGACGUACCGUCUAAAUCCGACGUUAAGGACGAUCGCCUAAAGCAACGAAGGAAGACCCUGCUACCCCGGGACAGGUUCGACCCGUCCGCCCUCGCAGACCUACUUAGCGAUAUCGAUGACGCGACCCCCAUGAUAGCGGCCCCCGCGAUCACCCUCACCCCCGAUUUGGAGAAACCCAUUGACGACAUUAUUAACCAGGCCUACAACAACUCUGAUCUCGCCCAAACCAUGCUAACAGCAUUACGAGACCCCGACGUCAGACGCUGGCCUAAGUCGGUUAGCAGAGAGCUACGAGUCGCCAUGCUGGACUGCCAAGUCCGAGCCAAGAUCCAGGUCAUUUACAGGACCCACUCAUCGGGACCAGGAGGGCACCCUGGCCGUGUCAAAACACUUGAUCUCGUUACGCGGACAUAUUGGUGGCCACGAAUGUCAUAA